CUCCACAACUUCACUCCUCUCUCCGACCUCACAGCGACACCCAACUCCCCACAACUCCCCCCCGCUCACCGCUCACUCACGCGGGGUGACGACGCUCCCGAGGUGACCAAGAGAGACAGAGAGAGACAAGGAGUAGCAUUCCCCGGGGACCUCGUCCACGCGACGCCAUGCUGACGACUCGAUCUCCCGUACUCUUCAUCUUCGCCGUGUUCCUGUCCCUGGGGAUCUGCUACGUCUACUACAAGUCUCCGACUCUCCAAUGCGGAGCGCUUUCCAGCAUGCCACGUGACGUCUUCCAGCACCACCAGCAGGAGAGGAGGCGAGGCGAGGCGACGGCGGUCGAUGGUGAACCCCAGAGCACUGGGGCUUCCACUGACCAAGUCCGACAAGUCGCGGCGUCCACCUCUCUCAGCGCGCGCAACGACACCGAGCCACCGGCGGUGCCCUUGGGCAAGUCGAGACCGAAGAUGAAAGUCAAACUGAGCCCUCAGUGCCGGCAAACCUUGACGAGCAUCGCCAACGACCCUCCGCCAAAGACGUUCAACGAACAGUUGGUGGUGGAGAAGAUUCUGAAGGUUCGUGAUUGUCCCUGGCUCGAGAACCGCACCGAGAUCGACGCCUUCCGGUUGACUCACGCGAACACAACGGGAGGAGCGAGCCAGGUGGUGAUCACGCGAAGCAACUCGCCCAUCAACACGAGCAUCGUCUUCGACCAGAGCAGGAAGACGCUCGUGGUGGACGCCAAAGUCACGAAUCUCUUCCUCAAGGAGUUCCCCGAGCGGAGUGGGCGCUACCCUCGCUGCGCCGUCGUGGGGAACGGAGGGAUCCUCGCCAACAGCUCCUGCGGCUCCCAGAUCGACGCAGCCGACUUCGUGAUCCGAUGCAACAUCCCUCCCGUGGGGGGCAACUUCCAGGAUGACGUGGGAAGCAAAACGGACAUCGUCACCUCCAACCCGACCAUCUUCAUCAAUCGAUUCGAGUCCCUGAUCGGGAGAAGGAAGGAGUUCAUCAGGAAGAUGUCUUCGUACGGCGCCAGCAUCCUGCUCAUCCCCGCCUUCUCUGUAUCUGCGUACACGUCGCUUGCGUACAGGGCCAUAUUUACCCUGGACGACUUUGAGUCCCAGCAGCGCGUGGCCUUCUUCAACCCCUCCUACAUGAGGGCCAUCUCUCGCUUCUGGAAGAAACGCGGCGUCAAGGAGUCGCACAUCACCUCGGGCCUCAUGAUGACGAGCGUGGCCAUGGACCUGUGCGACGAGGUGCAUGUCUAUGGCUUCUGGCCGUUCGUGCACGACCUGCCCACCCCGGUGCAGGUGAAGGAGGAUGAGAGAAGGAGGAAGCCGAAGAGGAGCAGGAAGAGGAAGAAGGGGGCGCAGGCCGCCGCGGGCCGCCAGUUGCACCACCACUACUACGACGACCAGCAGCCCAAGAAGGUGCACUCCAUGCCCAGCGAGUUCGCGGAGCUGGCGGAGGCUGCACAGCCGCGGGGUGCUCCCGCCUGCACGUGA